ACCAAACUCUACCUCCAACUCAACUCAAUUCGCUCUAUGACAACUCAUUCAACUUGAAAUCAAGUACGGACUCGAACAAGCAACCAAAACAAAUACAAGUCAAAUACAACUGCAAUCAUGCAAUUCCUCAGCACCGUCCUCGCAGUCAUCUACCUCACCUUUUCUGCCGCUACGAUGGCUGCUCCUGCUCCUCAGGGUUUCAUCGGCCAGGAGAAGUGCACCAAUAUUGGUUCGUACGGAUGUGGUCGUGAUAACAGCAUUAUCGUCUGCAAUGGUGCCGGAAAGUGGGUUACUGCUGCUUACUGUGGCGGUGCCCAGCACUGUGGCAUUGUUGGUGGUCAACCACACUGUAUCUAAACAUCCAUCUCACCUCAGCAUCCAACCGUCCUCUUGAACCUCUCCGUGAUACUACGUCAAUUGAGCCAACAGUCAAUAUCGGAGGAAAGGGAUGGGAUUCUUCAGUUGCUUUUAGGGCUGUCCCUCAUUGGACGGGCGUUUAUGUGGAUGGUAUGGAAAGGAGUUUGCGAGGUAAAUUCUUGAGAGCCACGUCGAGAAUAAGACUAAAUUGAGAUUCUAAUUUGCGUUGGGAUCGAAAUUGAAGAAGCCUUUCCGCAC